AUGAACCUCCUCCACGAGCUCAUUUCUACCUUCUUCUGUAUCACAGUCUUCUACUUUUUCUGCGAAAUUCACGACGAAAAGGGACUGACCUUUGCCGAUUUGGGAUGCCAUAUUGAUGUAAGUUUCUUCUUUGAGAAUAGAAGUUUCAUUUUUAAAAAAAAAAUCAAUAUUUUUUCUAUAGAUCAUAUCUUGCGAUCCAGAACUUGGACCUGGAGUUGAGGCAAAUUGCGAAAUCACCUGUGGAGAAUCGGAUGAUUCAGACGAAUUGGCGAGAUUCAUUUUUGCAUGGGUUAUGGUUUUCUACUUGGUCUUCAACUACUUCAGCGUGCUCUGGAAAAUCAGACAACACUUCUUCCCAGCCCAAAGAAGAGUCAUCAUGAGACGCUCAAUUAUUCGUUUUGUUUAG